CUUAAAUCGCCUGUAUGUAUAUGUAACAUAAAUUUUGUUAUUAUAAUGUCGGUUAUUUGUCUUCCCAUGUUUUGGAACAUUCAUAAGGGAUUGUGUGGACAUUAUAUAUAUCGAGUUAGGCCAAUUUUUAAAAUAGGAGUAGAAACCGCUAAACAUUACGAAUGGCACCUAAGACCGUACAUUACAGUUAGGCCUAACAUACCGGCUACACGUGAUAAAACUAAAAGUGUGCAUGUUGGAAUCACAGUGCAAGAUUCGCGAGUAAAAUUUAACAAGGAAAUCAAAAAGGGAUUGUCAAUUUUACAAAAAAGAAAUGAAACAACCCAGAAAACUAACCUGGUAAACCUCAUUACACGAUCUACGUUUGGUCCUAUGAAAGAAACAGCUUUCCUAAAGCUAAUUCAUGUAUGUUCGUACGGUACCAGAAAAACAAAAGAAUCAGUGGCAGCUGAUGAAUGUAUCUCAGAGAAACCUGGUGAUGAACAAAAAAUUAUUGAAGAUAAUAUGAAGAAACUAUCUCUUAUUCAGAGAUAUAAAAAAAUGUUGAAGGAAUAUUGGUAUGUUCUGAUACCUGUCCACUGUGUAACAUCCUUGGUUUGGAUUAGUAGCUUCUACUAUGCUGCCAAGUGUGGUUUUGACAUUGUUCCUUAUAUGGAAGCGUGGAAUGUUCCAGAAUCUAUUCUGGAGCCAGUUCGAGACAAAGGUCUUGGUCAUCUAGCUGUUGCUUCUGUGAUGUACAAAAUUGUUACUCCUGCGAGGUACACAGUAACUCUUGCAGGAACAACCUUGUCCAUAAAAUACCUUUCUAAGAAAGGAUACCUAAGACCCAUGCCAUCCAGUCAGCAAAUCAAGACAAUGAUCAAAACAAAGCGAGACAUUUAUAGAGACAAACAUACAAGUAAACAAGAUCAAAAGUGAUAUUAGUAUAUGCUUCAUCAAGCCUACAGGAAAGCUCAACUCCUGAAAUUAGAUGUAGCAGCAGGUUUGGGAAGACAGCUCUGCUUGAAGUAUACACCAAAUAUAAUAGGAAUUACUAGGAAAUGGAUAUAUUCCAAUGCUGCUUAAUUCUUUCUGGACUGGAGGGUUGGCACUGAUAUCCCUUAAUUAUUUCCUAUUCACAGUGGAAAUACUUAAUUCAAAUUGCAUGAAACAUAGUACCUAAAAUUCAUGUACUUUAGUUUGUGAGAUUUCCAAACUCAUGUGAAACAGUUUUGAAGAACAUUAAAAUGCUCCUUUUGUCUUAGUAUUUCAUUUUUUUUUUUAUU